AUGCACAUUAUAAUAUUUUAUAAUAAUUCAGUUAAUAGUACCUUGCCAUGCCCACCGGAGCCAACACAAACGCAAACGCCAUUACCAACAUUAUUAACCACACCAAUAAACCCAAGCGCUCUUUCAUCGUUGAUAUCGUCUUUGCAAACAACCACAGCUGCUUUGACUGAAGCUACAACCACCUUAUCACCAGCAACUACAUUACAAACCUCAUCAUUUUUACUAACAACAACCACUUCACCAACAACAGAAGCACCUACCAUGCAAACUGCUUCACUACCAGUGUCUGCUUUUCCACCAUCGCCAUCAACACUAAUAACAACAACUGAUUCUUCUACCACAGCAACAAAUAAUUCUUCCACUUCACCAACAACACUAAUACCAACAACAGAAGCACCUACCACGCAAUCUGCUUCUCUACCGGUGUCUGCCUUUCCACCAUCGCCAUCAGCACUAACAACAACAACUGAUUCUUCCACUUCACCAACAACACUAACACCAACAACAGGUUCUUCUACCACACCAACAACCAAUUCUUCUACUUCACCAUCAACACUAACACCAACAACAGAAGCACCUACCACGCAAACUGAUUCACUACCAGUGUCUGCUUUUCCACCAUCGCCAUCAACACUAAUAACAACAACUGAUUCUUCUACCACAGCAACAACUAAUUCUUCCACUUCACCAACAACACUAAUACCAACAACAGAAGCUCCUACCACGCAAUCUGCUUCUCUACCGGUGUCUUCUUUUCCACCAUCGCCAUCAGCACUAAAACACAACUGA